AAUGGUUGAUCGUCUUGUUCGUUUACGUUCUGUUUGUUCACCAACAAAUUCCUUUGAUUCCUUUCGGAGUACUCAUUUACGUAUUGGAGAUGUUAUAUCGUUAUAUGCACCUGAUUCGAGAGGAGAAAAUAAUAACAUUUGUGGUCAUGAAGGAUUUUUGUCGACAUUAGGUUUGGUAGAUGAACGUUGUGUUGUUGUAGAAGGACAUGGAAAUUUACAAUCACCUCCAGAAACAUUUAGAGAUUGUCUUUUCCGUAUUUGUCCAAUAAAUAGAUAUUCAGCGCAAAAACAAUUAUGGAUGGAACAAAAAAGAUUACAAUAUUCAAAUUCAAAUAGUUCUUCAGAUUCUUUUAUAGAUGAAGAAAUGUUAAUUAGAGUUGAAAUUGCUGCAGAAAAGGAAAGAGAACAAAAUAGAAAUGAUUAUACAAAAAUGUUAGGGAAUAUAGUUCAAUAUGGUUCUUCAAUCCAACUUUUACAUGUAAAAUCAGACAAAUAUUUAACAAUGCAAAAAAAUUCUCCAGCACGUCAAGAAAGGAAUGCAAUGCGUGUUUAUUUAGAUAAAUUAGGAAAUGAAGGUUCUUGGUUUUUUGUUGAGCCUGCUUACAAACAUGUUUCUUUGGGAGAUAAUGUAAUGUCUGGUGAAAGAAUUACUUUAGUUUCUUUUACUUCUAAUAAUUCAAAUAUUUCUUCUGUUGGCCCAAAACUUCAAUUACACCUUUCUAAUCACAGAUUAAAUGACCACAAAAAUUGUUGGGAAGUUAAUUGUUUAAAUGAACAAACGGAGUGGCAAGCACAUGUUUUUCUUCAAUAUGACGAAAAUAUGACAGAAAAUGUUAAAUCAGGAGAUGUUCUUCGUUUAUUUCAUGCUGAUCAACAAACAUUUUUAACAUUAGAUUCUGAACCUAAAAACAUUCAAAACGAUAGAGUAUUUCUUAGAUUAACUAAUAGACCAUCUGCAACUGAUGCAACAUCUUCUCGUGCCCUUUGGGAAAUUCAAGUAUUUAAUAGAGAAAUGCCUUUACGUGGGGGAGCUUUAACUUGGAGAAAAUUUGUCCGUUUCAAACAUUUGGCAACAGACCAAUAUUUAACCGUUCUUCCAAUUGAUAAAGAAAUAAAAAAUAAUGAAGAAUUAAUUAAUAAAAAAGCAAAUAAUACUAAAAAUAUUUUAUCCUAUAAUUCAACAACUUUUAUUCAAUUUCGUUCAAUACCUUCACAACCAGAAACAGAAAAUCCAACAUAUAUUUUAAUACCAAAAAGAUCAGAAGAUCCGUGUAGAGAUGAGGAUAUUCUUUUUAUGUUAGAUCCUUGUACUAAAGUUCAAACUAAAGAAUCUCGAGUACCAAUUAAUUCAUAUGUUCGUUUUCAACAUGUAAAGACAUGUACUUGGUUACAUUCAACUAAUCCUCAACUUAAAUCUAAUCUUUAUUAUUCGAGUAAAAAUGAAAAGGGAUGGGUUAAGGUAAUUUGUGAGCCAUAUAAAAUAGAUAAAGAAGCUUUUUCACUUUCGCCUGUUGUUCCAAACGAAGUUAGAGAUUUAGAUUUCGCCAAUGAUGCUUGUAAAGCUUUACAUCAAUUUGUUGAUUUAAUUAAAAGUGGAAAACAAAUUUGUAAAGAAAUAAUUAAAUCAACAACCCAAUUAUUAAUUGACUGUAUUUAUUUUGUUACUGGAAUACAACAAAAUAACCAAAUAAUGAUUGAUCCUCUAAAAAUUUUAAAUUUCGAGCCUUUGAGGGAUCGACAAAAAUUAUUGCGAGAACAAGGAGUUCUUGCACAAAUAUUUGAUUUACAAAAAGCUCCCUUCCUUCCAAGACAGGGAAUUGGAGAAGUCCAUCCACUUUUAAGUGCCCCAGCUGAAUUAAAUGAACCAAGAAAUGAAUGCUUUUUAAAAAUGUUUCAAUUGUCAUAUUCUUUACUUUUAUAUUCUCAAUGUGGUUAUCGUAAAAAUCAAGAAUUUCUAGCUGAAAAAUUUGAUCAUAUUCAGGAACAUAUUGGAUUUAAUUUAUUAGCCGAAGAAACUAUGACUGCUGUUUUACAUAAUAAUCCAAAAUUGUUAGAGAAAUAUGUUAAAAUACCUCAUGUUGAACGUUUUGUUGAACUUGUGAGAAAUAAUCGUUGUGGUAAAUUUCUUUUUUAUUUGGCUGAUCUUUGUGUAUGUCGUGGGGAAGCUAAUAAAAAAAUUCAAGAAUUAAUAUGUAAUUGUGUGUUAAAUGAAAAAAAUAGAGAAAUAUUUAUGUUAACAGAAAAACGUUUAAUUUCUUCUCCUCAAAAUAAUUUUGAAGUUUAUAUUUGUUGGGGUUAUUCUGGUUCAAAAUGUUCUCCUUUAGUUAAUUGUUCUAAUUUAAUAGCCGAAGAAGAUGAAAAAGAAAUGUUUGAUUAUUACAAACAUCAAUUAGAAUUAUUUGCACAAUUAUGUCAAGACCAACAAUAUUUAGCUAUAGACCCUCCACCUGAAAGGAAAUUAUUAAAUAUAAGUCAACAACUUCCUGUUGAUUUAAUGUAUUUCUGAUUCUCGUCUCC